CUCAGUCAAGCUGAAACCGCGAAGGAUCGCGAUAGAGCGAAGCGAGCGAGCGAGCGAGCGAGCGGACGCGUGCCUCUCGCAAACGUUUCACCGUUUCUCCGCUCGUUCGCCAUCGAUCGUAGGAGGAAAAGAUUUUGUAUUCUUACGUCCGUGGUGAUUUAUCAAAUCGACCGUGAUACUCGAAGACGACGUGCAGUGACAAGUGAGCGACUCCCUGAUCCUCCCUCGCGAUAACGCGCGUAAUGGAGAUACGGGAAAUGCGUUUUUGCGGGUGAUACGAUAAGACGUGCGCGAUACAUGAUUCGCAGCGACGAGGCGGAACAACAACGGAGCGAAUCUUUGUAAUUCCUACCACGAUGCUCCCGUCGCAGUCUCUACGACUAACCAGGCGGAACUUGCUUACGGGAUAUGAUGUCAGUGAAAUAAAUGAAAGACGUGUAUGCCGUGUGUAGCCGUGUGCGCCUUAUCGGCAGUUACCGUAUCGGUGCGCCUUAAAAAGCACGCUGAAUCAUCGCGCGGUAAAAUUGACGGUGUGCCGCGGUGCGUCGUUUAUGCGAUUGGCAUAAACCCCUCUUACGAGGCAAGGUGUUGUGGAAAGUUACACAAUAGAAUACAAUAACGACGAGGAGGAAAAAAAAUUAGCUGUCCACGCUGCGGCGGCAAGAGCCGGUCUUCAGUUGCGAAAGUCGCGCACUGACCGUGAUCUCGGUAUUUAAAGAAGGUCAUCGAAUCAAUGAGACAAAGAUCAAAGGAUCGAGAGGCAUCUAUUAAGUCGCUCUGCUCUCUUCCUCGCGUUAUACAUGCGGAAAAUCACGACGAUGGAGGGGAGCAAAGCAGCGCGAGUUACUUGUCUCUCAGUCGGUCGCUACGGCUUUCACGACGGUUCGUUGGAUACCGAGCGUAUCUUCUCUAACGUGAUUACUCUUCUGCCAGUUAACCAAAGAAUAUUGUGGUAAUUCGCGAAUGUUAUUUACGAAUUGAAUUAAAACGUAUAAUCUGUGCGAAAAACGCAACAAUGAACUCGAAUCGAAGCGGGACUCAUAUCCCGGAACGGUGAACAUUUUCGUAACGAACAGUGAUGAUCACAUAUACGAUGAUCGAGCCACGCAGUGAUAGGGUGACGGUCUGCUCACCCCAGACUCAGCACCACUGCUAUCAAGUGAUACGAACCACCAGAGUGCACCAAAGUUCACGAAGCUCGAAGAUGGUGACCGUUCAGGAAAGGGUCGUCAGGUCGCGUCUUCAAUUGGGUUACUCCACACCGACGUCAUUCAUCAAUCGCUUCCCGUCGAAGGUGGAGAGACCGUCGCACAGCAGUACGGCCGCUAGCCAGAUCCACGGCAACAGCAUGCACGGCGCGUACUCGUCUGGUAGCCAGACGUCCCUGUCGACGACGUCGUACAUCACGGGCCAGUCCUACAUGCAGAAUCAGAAUUAUGCGCACGGGCCCCCGUAUCCUGCCGCGAGCGUGCAGGUCUAUUCGCACAACGCGACAGGCUACUCGCAGCCGCAGAGCUAUGGCACGAUGGUGCAGGGCUUCGGCGGGCAACCACAGUCCGCUGGGUACCAGCAGAAUCACCUUAAGAAGGGCUCGGUCCGUAACGGCGACGUGCUCAAGCGGUGUCGGCUGCAGACCGCGUACGAGUUGUCGCAGGAUCUACUUGACAAGCAGAUCGAGAUGCUGGAGCGGAAAUACGGAGGCGUGAAGGCGCGGAACGCGGCACUGACGAUUCAACGUGCCUUUCGGAGGUACACAUUGCUGAAGAAAUUCGCGGCGAUCACGGCGAUGGCCAAGGCAGAAAAGCGAUUGAGUAGAAAGCUUCAAGAAUUGGCGAUCGAUCGCUCGGGCAAUCUCAACGAUCAUGAGAGAAUGGUUUAUCAUAGUCAAAUAUACAUUCAGCAGGCACAGUCCGCCAACAGCAGACCGAUGCCGAUCCGAAGCAUGUCUCUCAGGGAGAGGCGGCACGUGGACAAUUCGCAAUCGCCUAUACCGAGAAGUCAGAGCGGUAGAUGCGAGGUCCAGGUCAGCGGCCAUCAACACACAAAUCAUAAUUUGCAUCAGAGCGGUAGACAUACGCCCUCAUUGGCGCCCAGCCCAUGCAAUCGACAUCAGCAAUUACCACCGAGUCCCUGCUGGGAAUCGAGCUCCCAGGAGAGCGGCUCCAGUAUCCAUUAUUACAAUCCACAGGAAGCCCUGUGCGGCCUGAGACAAGAAACGCCGCCAAGAGACUUGCUGCGAACACCAUGUACAUCGCCGUCGACACCGCACAAUCUACAGACGACUAUAUCGCAAAAUUGGAACAACGCCAACCAGCUUGGUCCUGGCAGAACGAGAUGUUCCGGUAAAAAAGUCCCCCCGGAGGUGCCGAAGAGAACGUCUUCUAUCACCUCGAGAUCCAUGGAACCACGACAUAACGGUCUUAGUAAAAGUGUGGAGAACGGAAGUCUAAGUUCGGUGCAGAGCUCCGGUAGUGAUUCCACCAAUUGCGAAAGCUCCGAGGGUGAUGCUCAGAGAGGAUCUCCUGUCUGGAAGCACAAAGGGAUUUCGAGUUCGCCGGAACAUCAGGAAUGCGCGAGUCAUACUGCUGACACGGCGGCGAUGACCGCUAACGUGAAGGAGCUUGGCCACUCACAUGCCAGCUCCGGUUAUCAGCUUCCCCUAAUGGACCAUACGGAAAGUCUGCCGCCUCAAACGAGCUACAAGGUGUCCGAAACAGUAAGGAAGCGACAAUACAGGGUCGGUCUAAAUCUUUUCAAUAAGAAACCGGAAAGGGGAAUCAGUUACCUUAUCAGACGUGGAUUUUUGGAGAACAGUCCGCAAGGAGUCGCCAGAUUCUUGAUCAGUCGAAAAGGAUUAUCCAAACAGAUGAUAGGAGAGUACCUUGGGAAUUUGCAGAACACUUUCAAUAUGGCAGUACUUGAAUGUUUCUCCCAGGAAUUAGAUCUUUCUGGAAUGCAAGUGGAUGUCGCUUUACGAAAGUUUCAAGCCUACUUCAGAAUGCCUGGCGAGGCGCAAAAGAUCGAGCGGUUAAUGGAAGUCUUUAGUCAACGUUAUUGCCAAUGCAAUCACGACGUAAUAUCGAGGCUGCGAUCGGCAGAUACCGUUUUUGUCUUGGCCUUUGCUAUUAUCAUGCUUAAUACGGAUUUGCAUACACCCAACCUAAAGCCUGAGCGCAGAAUGAGACUCGAGGAUUUCAUAAAGAAUCUUCGAGGAAUCGAUGAUUGUGGUGAUAUAGAUCGGGAUAUCCUAGUUGGCAUUUACGAACGAGUGAAAGAUAACGAAUUCAAGCCGGGCUCAGACCAUGUGUCGCAAGUAAUGAAGGUCCAAGCGACUAUUGUUGGAAAGAAGCCAAAUAUGGCGCUACCACAUAGAAGAUUGGUGUGUUACUGCAGGCUCUACGAGAUACCGGACAUUCAUAAGAAGGAGAGACCUGGCGUUCAUCAGAGAGAGGUUUUCCUCUUUAACGACCUGCUCGUUGUCACAAAGAUAUUGAGCAAGAAGAAGAAUAGCGUAACUUACACUUUCAGACAGAGCUUUACACUUUGUGGCAUGGUGGUUACUUUAUUUGAAGUUCCACAUUAUCCAUAUGGCAUAAGACUCUCUCAGCGUGUCGACGGAAAAGUUCUAGUCACAUUUAAUGCUCGAAACGAGCAUGACAGGUGUAAAUUUGUGGAAGAUCUUAGAGAAUCUAUCAGUGAAAUGGAUGAGAUGGAAACUUUACGUAUUGAAACUGAAUUGGAGAGACAAAAGAGCAGUAGAGGUGCGCGAGGCGGUGCAGAAAACAGAGACUCUGGCGUCGCUGAUGUAGAGAUAUGUCCUUGUCCCGGAACUUGUUCCGAUAGAACAGAAACAGUCGAUGUCGACACGCAAUUGAAACGUUCCGCCCUUAGUAAUUCUCUUCUUGAUAUACACGAGCAGUUUGCCGGUGAGAAGCCACAGCGUCGUGGAAGCGUGGGUUCUCUGGACAGCGGUAUGUCUAUUUCAUUUCAAUCUACUUCUGCCAGCUCGAUGAGCCAAGGCAUUAAACAUCCUGGACAAGUUCAUUCUAUUCAUCCAGGAGCUACAAUUCCUGGGGCCGGUGGUAAGGGACUGGCUCAGCAACCGUCUUUUUUAGGAGGUCUUUUCGCCAAACGAGAGCGAAAACUGUCACAAUCUGAAGAGUCCGGUCCUUACAGUCGCACCACAGAAGUAUAAUGUACUCUUCCAGUAACGUAAAUGAGGUACACUUUCGUAUAUCUUCUGUUUUCUUCUAGUACGCUUCGUGUUUUUAAUCAGAUAAAGACGUGUUUAUGUCUCGCGUUUAUGUCGAAAAUUUGAAUAGCAAUAAUUACUCUCUAAUUUAUUCAUAUUAAUAAAAUUGCGAUUUCUUCUACUUGGAACUUCUCGUCGUGCAGUUUUUUCUUCUCUAAAAAAAAAAGUGAAUUAUUACAAGCAGCAAGCCUGCCGUGAACUGUUCUAUUACCGUACUAAUAGAGUAGUGUCUUUUUAUACGUGCAUCACGAAGCGUGCUAAAGGAUUAGAGCGCUAAUGACGACAGCUAAUAAAGAUGUAAAUCUGAAGGAUUGGGCAGGAUCCAAUCGCCAGGCGCAUUUAAAAAGAAAAAGAAAAUUUUAACCUAUUCUCCUCUCCCGAGACUAUGUAUAGUAUUUAUUCAUCUAAAACAACUAAUGGACACAUUUUUCACACUGUAUUUAUAAUUUACGAAGACGCGAUAUUGAAUGAUAGAAUUGUGUGUAGAUAAUAUUACAUUUUUGCUUAGUUUUACACAGACGGGCGUUAACAAGUAGAAUUUAAUGAAGAGAAAAUCUUAAAUCACAAGAAUUGUAAGAAUACGAGAUACCAUCGAGAAUUUCUAAUAGUAAUCGCUAUCAGCAAGUAUUAUCACCAUCACUAAUUCGAAAAAUUGUAAAUAAUAGGCUUAUAACGACGUUCGAAACGAGUUGUCACAUGUAACAAAAAGAAAUUAGUAUAAGGGAAACGAUAAGCAAUCUCUAUCGAUGUUAGGUGCAUGUUGAUGUCUAACGAUUUUUAUUAACGGAAACGUGAAGUUUGAAUGUAGCAAUGAAAUAAGACUUAACGUAAGACGUAAGACGUGUUUGUCAUUAUAGCAAUCUAUUGAUAAUCAUUCACGAGAAGUAGUUUUUGCUUAUGUAUGUUGAAAUUUUGACUCGAAGUUGUUCACAUUUUCAAAAGAAGAAAAAAAGGAGCGAAAAGAAAAAAACUCAUCAUGUUAAAUAUAUCCAUAUGAUUAAUUCGUUUCUCGUUUUUCGCGGCAAGAAUAGACGAUAGAUCUAAACGUCGAUAAUAUCGUUGCGAGAAUAUAAUCACGUAAGUUAAGAUACAUACGCGAAAUAAACGGGGAAAAAAAGGAAAGAAAAAAACGCGCAUGCCUUAUAUACUGCCAUGAUAAAAAAAAAUCUCCCGCGACCGAGGAACGAACUAAUGAAAUCACAAUCGUAGAGGAGGUCGGAAAUUUUUUUCCAAGAGCUGUGGAAUUGUAUGACAAACUAAUUGAUCAUGUACAUAGCGCUGAUCGUGAUAUCAGCUGGCUGUAAACAAGCAAACGGCGUUCAUUAAUUUAAUGAUAAUCUCCCGUUAAAAUAACGCAUCUACAUAGGAGGAGUGUUUAAUAUAAUUCUACCUUAGAUUUCUACUCUCUUUACUUGUGCUCUAAUUCUUUCUUAGUAUCGUGAAUAUCAGACGUGUGUUUAAUCAAAAGAUUUUAAUGACGUUACAAAGGGAAAGGAGAGAGAGUGAAAGAGACCCAGUAGGUCAAGUCUGCUUAAACAGAUUUUGCAAAUCAUUAACAAAUUUUGAUGCAGAAUCUGUUAUAUCAGAUGCUGGCGACAGAAUGUCACAAAAAAAAUAUAACAAUUUGUUUGCAUGAUUUAACACCUCGAUAGGCAAAUUGAAAAUAUUGCACAUUAAUGGCAUCAUGAACUUACGACAAUUUUGCAAUAAUUGCGCUAGGAUGAUUCGAUUUUGAAUAUAUUAUUAUUUUGCUGAAAUACUAUAUUGAACUUAAUUGAGCACAGUUAUUAACAGUUAUUAAUGUUUUAGAAAAGAUCAGAGUUUUUACAUCUGUUUUGUAAAUAUACCCGUAAUUGCAGAUUACAAAUUUUAUACAAGAUUUUGUUAUAUAAUUUAUUAAGUGUGUUAUCCUAUCGAGGUACAGCUGAUUGACAGAGCAUAAGAAAGUUUCAAUUCGGACACAGAUGGUACUGAUCUGCUGAAUUUUUCUAAUCGAAUUUGUUAUCAAUCUUCUGGCAUUCUGCGAAUAGUUUGCUUACUGGGGAGAAAAAGAGAUGCUUUCGGCCGCAUUGUUAAUAUCAGCGAUAAAUUUUGUAAUUAUCGUUAACUUAAGAUUAAGAUUCGUUAGAGAGAACGAGUUUGCAAUCGGUCAAAAGAUAUUGUGCAAAAAAGAUUCUCGUUCUCCUGUAUUGUAUCAGAAUUUUUCCAGCGCGCUGAACGAAAAGCGAUGUCUAGAGAUAAGUUGCCGGGCUGAAAAUUUUUAUACGUAACCGCAUGAUCGACUACGUUCUAAUUUUGCGCCUGUCACGUCUGCUAAUAACUGUUAUCGAUUGAUCCUUGACACGUACGACCCGUAUCGCUAAUGUACUUUAUAAACGUUGUAAACGAUCGAAUGUUGAACACUCCGUUCUAUUUAUGAUUCUAAUAAAGAGAAACGAGAAAAGGAGCAGAGGAAUUGUUGAAAUUGUCGAGAGACAAUUUACGUAUUUGUGGUGGCUUGUCGACAAUACAUUUUGUUUACAGAAAGAGAGAGAAAGAGAGGUAAACGAAGGUAUAUUUCCAUGCCUGUUGCGAACUUUUCUUCAUUAAGUGCUUUCCAUUUGGUGGCACAAGUCGACACAAGUGUCGUUUUAUUUUUAUUGCUUACUAAAUAUAAAGAAAGAUGGAACGAUGCUUGUAUCGAUUUGUGCCAUUAAAUGGAAAGCAUCCGUAUUAAACGAGCUACUCGCGCACGCAUCACCGACAUCGAUUCUAGUCUUUCUCAUCAACACGAUAUACGCGAUACGAUCUCGUACGACAGAAUACGGGAUUACCUCGCGAAGAUAAUCCUUUAAUGUGUCCAUUUCUAUCACUGUAAAUUAACGUUAAUCUCGGUUUAAUUUACUCUUUAUCCUUUUAUAAUUCUUAGAAUUAGAAAAAGAUAAAAAGUAAGUUAAAUCAAGAUUAAAGUUAAUCUACGUUAGUAGAAAUGGGCAGAAAUUGUACAGAGACACAUGAUCGACUUUAGAUGCAGCGUUAACGUCAACAAGUAUGCUAAGUUCCACGGACGAGAUCGCGUCAAUUCUUCUCACUGGCCACUCACUUAAAUAAUCUGAAUAAUUCUGUGAUAAUCUCGCGCGAGGGCAAGAAAAAAAAAAGACUGAUUAGGAAAACCCCAAAUUUUCUUACGACAUGUAUCUUUUUUUUUUCAUGUAUCACUUUAUCCCACCCUCACAAAGAAAAAGGAAUCACUUUAUUGAGCAAUGAGAAUGAGAUGACUUGAGCAUCGCCUCGCACUAUCCCUCGAAUUUGAUACCUAUUGUCAUACUGUCGUUGUCAGUCGCGUUAAAGUAGAAAUACGUAUUCUUGUUAGCGGAAAAAUAUCAGGGAAGAAUGGAUUGCACCAAAUUGGCGCGAUCUUUAAAGUCUGAUGCCCGAUUGAGCACGUCGCAGCCGUUAUUCGGCUUGCUCUCCGAGAAAGCCUUGCUGGUGAGAAAGCGUGUAUAAUCAAGAUCAAUCGCCCCUUUUCCUCUCGCCCCCUCCUCUUCCCUCUCAAUGCCAAAUUAUUAGUAAAUUUCUCCCUUGUUAGUCUAGUAAAUGCUGUAAGUACACUGUGUUAAUAAAUAACUCUGAAUCCGAAA